CUAGGCUCGCUAGCUCACUGGCAUGGGCCUGUCUGAUCGCGUCAAGAUAACGGAUCUUGGUUCUACACAGUUCUUGUCGUCAAAUCACCGCUGUUUCAAAACGGAUCAAAUUUGGAAUUCAAAACCUUCGAGAGCUUCCCAAUAAUUAGGGAAGGAUUAGUCCUGUUCUGGCGCGAAAUUCCGCUCACUUAGCCUGAGAAAAAAACUCUAGGGCUUGCGAAAGCUUCCACGAAGCGCUUCUAGAAGGUUUUUGUUCUCUGAGUGGCUGUUGUGGAUUGGAUGGAUUUGUUUAAGCUGAAUUGGAGGAAUCUCAAACUUCUCUGAUAAUUGCUCUGAAAUGGAACGGGAAUUCUGAUGAAUUUGGAUGUGGGAUAGCAGAAGAGAUCAUAUAAACGUAUUUACAUAUAUAUAUAUAUAUAUAUAUAUAUACUUUUUUUCAAGCUUGAAGGUUUCUGAGAAGUGAUUUCGCGGGAAAGUGACGGAAAAGUUUUUGCUUGUCAACUGGAAUUUCAGAGGAUCGGAAACGAGAAAGUGAAUUUUCCUUUAAAGGAAUGGCGACUCCUGUAGAGCCUCCAAAUGGGAUUAUAACCCCAGGAAAACAUUACUAUUCCAUGUGGCAGACCUUGUUUGAGAUUGAUACAAAGUAUGUUCCCAUUAAGCCGAUCGGUCGAGGGGCGUAUGGAAUCGUCUGCUCGUCUGUGAACAGGGAAACCAAUGAGAAAGUAGCAAUUAAGAAGAUACACAAUGUCUUUGAGAACCGCAUCGACGCUCUUAGAACUCUGCGAGAACUGAAGCUUCUCCGGCAUCUUCGACACGAAAAUGUGAUCGCUUUGAAAGAUGUUAUGAUGCCUAUCCAUAGGAAGAGUUUCAAGGAUGUGUACCUGGUUUAUGAACUCAUGGAUACAGAUCUACAUCAGAUUAUUAAAUCUUCUCAAGCACUCAGUAAUGACCACUGCCAGUAUUUCCUUUUUCAGUUGCUUCGAGGACUUCAGUAUCUUCAUUCUGCAAACAUCCUCCAUCGUGACUUGAAGCCUGGCAACCUUCUCAUCAAUGCAAACUGUGACUUAAAAAUAUGUGAUUUUGGUCUCGCACGUACUAGCAAUGCAAAGGGGUACUUCAUGACUGAGUAUGUUGUCACUCGCUGGUACCGAGCCCCUGAGCUCCUUCUCUGCUGUGACAAUUACGGAACAUCCAUUGAUGUGUGGUCAGUUGGAUGCAUCUUUGCUGAGCUUCUAGGCCGGAAACCUAUCUUCCCCGGUUCUGAGUGUCUCAACCAGUUGAAACUAAUAAUCAACGUACUUGGAAGUCAGAGGGAAGAGGAUCUUGAAUUUAUAGACAAUCCAAAAGCCAAGAAAUUCUUAAAGUCAGUCCCAUACUCCUCCGGGACAACCUUUUCCCACCUUUACCCCAAUGCCCAUCCUUUGGCAAUUGAUCUUCUGCAAAAGAUGCUUGUUUUUGACCCGUCAAAGAGGAUCAGUGUUAGUGAAGCGCUUCAGCACCCUUACAUGUCCCCACUGUACGAUCCCAGUUGUAACCCUCCAGCCCAAGUGCCUGUUGAUCUCGACAUAGAUGAGGAUUUAGGGGAAGAAAUGAUCAGGGAGAUGAUGUGGUCGGAAGUGCUCCAUCACCAUCCUGAAGCUGCGACUACUAACGGCGAGGUGUGUUCUUAAUUUCUGGUUUAUAGGGUCGUGGAGAGGCUUUGGAAGGAGAUUCUGCUUUGAAACUGAAAGUAGCUUGUUUACUUUUUAGUUGUAGUUUUUUUCCCCUCUUUGUUGAACUUGAAGGCGAAAGCCAAAGUGGGCUAUGCUGUAUGUUCAUAAAAUAGCCCCUCCUUUUCUUUUUUUUUUUAAAUAUUUUUAAUGAGCCUGAGCCUUCAUGGUAGUUCUCCUUUCCAAGUUGUAUAUAGGGAUUCUGUUGUAUGGAUGCGGGAACAUGUCUGUUUUGUAAAUUAAGACUAUGACGAUACCAAUAUUAUGUUCACGAAAUUUUAUGCGAUGGAAUUUCUGUUA